AUGGACAAUAACGAUGCUGUGACCAUCGUACCGUUUACAGAGUAAGUCUAGGUUUACAACAUUAUUACUUAGCUUUUAGACAAGAAUGGAAUUUUGUGAAGAACAAUCUAAUGACCUUAAAUCUUAAUAUCUUGAAGCAAGUGGUUGAGGUAUUGCACAUGUGGGAAUUUCGGUAAGCACGAGGAAAGCUACAAUUUUAAAUUUCAUUUAAGAUACAAAACUUUCUAUUUUUGGUUUUUUAUUUACGUUUGACAUAACUUUAAAUAUUAUGGUUUAAUCAUGUUGUUUUAGGUCAGAACCGCACACUCCAGUUGUUAUACGACUGACGCGAUUGGUUAUUAGUGGAAUCUUGUUUGAUAUUGAAAACAGUGUACCAAACCACCUCGUUUGUUACAAUAAACAGUUGGUUCACAGCACGGUAAUGAUCAGGUGAGCAUAUUAAUAUAGUUUGUUGAUUCUUUAGAUUCGUGAGCUACUUGAAUGAGAUGUGUCAAUCUGAAGAUGGUCCUUUGAGAUCUGUGGUGGAUGCAACAAGUAAAGUAAGUUUAUUUUUAACUACUUAAAAAGUAAGAAUCUUCAAAGCAUUGAUUUAUCUUAUUGUUGUUAUGGAAAGCAUUGUAGUAUCUUACUGUCUUUAGAUUGGCAUACCUCCCUGGAUAGUCCAGAUGAGACAUAGUGUUGCGCAUGCUGAUCUACCCAAUUUGAAAGAAUUGCAAAAUGGAGUCAGGUUUUGUCGAAAUUGGCUGUGGGUAAGUGGCCAACACCUAGUUCUUGUAAUUAAUAUUUUCUUUGGUUAUUUUUAAUUAAAGGUAGCAUUACAACAAAUAUGACAAAACAAAUUGUUGAUACCAAUACAUGUUUUAAAAUAAGAUAACGACUUUUUUUAGGACAUUCAUUGGAGCCAGCCGGUUGAAAUUGCUAUGACAAUACCUGGAGCAGACUUUACUCAACAGAAACAACAGACCAAUCCAGAUUUUGAACAUCUCAAGAAGCUGGUACUAGAGUAUUGUAAUGUAAUGACUAGUAAAUCCCGAGAUGCAACUGAAAAAGCGGCCAAUAAACGGAAGAUUCAGAAUUCCUUGGAUGGAUUCAGAAAGAUUAUUAGGGAGGAACCACAGUAAGUAGUUUAAUCGUACUUUUGAUAUGGUUUUUUCAUGUUUUAAAUACUGCAAUUACCUAUUCUUUGUUAACUAUGGUUAUUGUUCUUUCAGUUCGUUUGUGUCUGCUCUUACUAAAAGAUUGUUGGUCACCAGAGAGUCCAUGACAAAAUCCAAAUUUACGUACGAUUGCUGUGAGUUCGUUUUAUUAUUUAUAAUGUUGUAUUUUAUUAGGUGUAAUACAAGUUCUUGUUUGUAGCUAAAACUGGAAAUCGUGUCUGGACGAUACCUCAAAGCUUGGCCACCUUCUGGCAUCAUCUUAUUGUAGUUUUGGAGGAUUGUAAUUGCUAUGGAAUGUUCUUAAAUAAGGUAAAAGUUUUCACUUAUGUUGUGUGUUUGUGAUGUUAGAUUUCCUUUAUCUUUCUACUUUAAGUUAUUUAAAAUUUUAAACGAUAUAAAUAUUUUUUUGAAAUAAUUAUUUUAGGUAACACAGCUAUGUUCAGAUGAAACGUUAGAUUUCUUUGAAAAGAGUCAGUAUGCUGGAUGGAGCGCAUUACUUUUGAAUCGGGUUUUUAUAACAGGUAAGCGACAUGUUUAAGUAUCAUUAACAUAGAACUUUAGAGAUCUCGUUGUCUGAUUACGACCUCAAGUCUCUCAUUGUCAACAUUCUGGAUGGGUUCUACUUUUUCUCGAAGAACGUAUUUCUAAAGUAAGUAAUUAUUCUUUAUUUAUGGUGAUCUUACUUGAAAGGUACAAACAUACAAACUUUUUUAAUCAUUCUUCUUACUUUAUUUCUCAACGUAUCGUAACGGCUUCAGCUACUGUAAUGUGUAAUUUAAGGUUACUAAGUCUAGGAGACAGGAUAUCAGACGAAAAGAAAAAAGAAUACAUUUCAUUGUGGGACAUUAAAGCAGAUCCCAUGGAGGUCGACGGUUCCCCAUCCCAAGAUGAUGUUUUAAGUCUGGAUUCUUUGGUCAGGCAGAAAGGUAAUAUAAAGUACAUGAUUAAAAUACAGUUUUAGACAAACCACCAGUACGACAAGUAUAUCAAGAAUGGGAUUUAACAGAUGUUAAAGCUAGCCUCGGACUCACAGAACAACAAUCGUCAGAAACCUUGAAUUUGAGGAUUCCAUUCGCGUGA